AGCCUCUUGCCGCCCUGCCCAUGCUCAGAGUGUCGAACUCGAUGCUCUGCUCGUCUUAAGCCCAGCUAGGGUUUGGGUGUUUGCGAUGGCGCUCCGUCAGCUGUCUACGUACGUCCCGUUCCUCCGGAGCUUCCUCUCCGCCGAGGAAGAACAAGGCGGCGAGGGGGAGAAAGAAGAAGCUAUUACUCUUGCUCCAGCCCGAGUGGCCGUAGUAGGGGCCGGGAUUGGGGGCUCUCUUGCGGCGUACUUCCUGCGGCAGAGGGGAGGCGAGGCUGUUGAGGUGGACGUGUUCGAGAGAGCCGCGGUAGGCGGGAGGACGGGCGUCUUUACCUUCCAGGGACACACGUACGAGACGGGGGCCUCCAUCAUUCACACCAGCAACAAGUACCUGGUGGACCUCGCCAAGGAGUUCGGAUUGGAGUCAAAGAUGAUGAACGUGACGGAGAUACCGCUGGGUGUGUAUGACGGAGAGCAGUAUUUAUUUCGAACGGGCUGGUGGAAACUAGCCAACAUCGUCCGCUCUCUCUGGCGCUACGGAAUGAGCCUCUUCAGAAUGAACUCUGCCGGUGAGAGAAUGUUGAGCAAGUUUGUCGGGAUCUACGACAUGCAGGCAAUGGGGAAAUCGUUCAAGACGGUUCCAGAACUGUUGAGGGCCAUGGGAGGAGAGGAAUUGUAUCACCUGACACAGAUCACAGCCGAGCAGUACAUGUUACGUGACCUAGGCCUGCAAGAGGCCUUAACGAGGGAGCUGAUUACAGGGGCAAUGUACCUGAACUACGGUCAAGGACUGAACGUCAAUGCGUUGACGUGUAUGGCGUCGCAAACUGGAGUUCAGGAGAACAGUCUCUGGUCAGUGGUGGGGGGAAACAAAAUGAUCCCUGAGAGAGCCCUGGAGAAAUCUGGAGCUCACCUGCACAAGUGUUCGGUGACAUCCGUGACGAGGAGGGAGAGAGGGGGGAGGGCGAGGUAUACAGUGGAGACCAACGAGGAAGACGAGGGGGCGGGGCGAGGGGAGUAUGACGUCGUGAUAAUAGCAGCUCCGCUCCACGACAAGGCCAUUCAGUUCAGGGACUUCCCCACUCCGGUGUACACCGAGGAAAUGAUGGCCACCACGUACCACCGUACCGUCGCGGAGUUUGUCGCCGGGGAGAUUAACCCCGCCUUUUUCGGAUUGGACGAGAACGACAGGAGUUUCCCCCUCCUUCACCUGAUCACUGAUACCACGCAGAGCCUGGCUCCGUUUCCGUUCUGCUGUGUGGGUGUUCUUGUCCCCUCUGAAGAGCCUGAGUCUGCAAACGCCGCGUACAGCAAACCCCUCCCGGAGGACCCAUCUCGCGUGUGGAAGAUCUUCACCCCUCGACCUCUCUCUGGGGAGGAGAAACGGCAAAUGUUUAAGACAAUCGAUGCCGAGGCCACCAUAGACUGGUCUGCUUAUCCUAAUUACACCCCACCGGAGAGUUUUCCUCCGUUUGAACUGGACCAAGGGGUGUUCUAUGUGAAUGGGAUCGAGAAGGCAGCGAGUGCCAUGGAGAUGAGUGCUGUUGGAGCAAUGAACUGUGCCCUGCUGGCCAGAGACUACCUUCACUCCAGAGUAGAGGAGUCUUAGUUCAGAGCUUUAACCUCUGAAUCAGUGUAAAUUUCACAUAAUGUGCCCCCCCCCCCGUGUG